GCUGGAGCAAAAGCCGCGUUGCACGUUUGUUCUCGGUCGUCCGGUCCUGAGUUCCCUCGGCUGUAACAAGCAUAUGCUUGGAGGCGAUGAGAAGGUUCUUGUUGCUCUAUGCCACACAGCAAGGACAGGCAAAAGCCAUAGCAGAAGAAAUAUUGGAAAAGGCUGCUGCGCAUGGAUUUUCUGCAGACCUUCACUGUAUUAGUGAAUCAGAUAAGUAUGAUCUAAAAACUGAAACGGCGCCUCUUGUUGUGGUCGUUUCCACCACUGGCAACGGAGACCCACCUGACACCGCCCGCAAGUUCGUAAAAGAAAUACAGGACAAGACGCUGCCGGUUGAUUUCUUUGCGCACCUGCGGUACGGAUUAUUAGGUCUGGGUGAUUCAGAAUACACGUACUUCUGUAACGGGGGCAAGGUCAUUGAUAAACGCCUGCAGGAGCUUGGUGCCCAGCAUUUCUAUGGCACUGGACAUGCGGAUGACUGUGUAGGUUUAGAACUUGUGGUUGAGCCGUGGGUUGACGGGCUCUGGGCUGCCCUCCAGAAGCAUUUUAUGUCAAGUAGAGGAAAAGAAGAGAUGACUGGGACUCUCAAAGCAGCAUCAGCCGCCUCCCAGAGGACGGACCCUGUGAAACCGGAAUUAAUACACAUCGAAUCACAAGUGGAACUUCUCAGAUUAGAUGACUCUGAAAGAAAGGAUUUUGAGGUUUCCGAUCAAAAUGCAGUGAACGGAGGUCCAUCAAGUGCUUUGACUGCAGACUUGGAGUCCUCACUUACCCACUCAGUACCCCCGCUGUCCCAGGCCUCUCUGAAUAUUCCUGCCCUACCACCAGAAUAUUUGCAGGUGCAUUUGUAUGAGUCUCUUGGCCAGGAGGAAAGCCAAGCAUCUGUGACUUCAGUGGAUCCGAUUUUUCAAGUUCCAAUUUCAAAGGCAGUUCAGCUGACUACGAAUGAUGCCAUAAAAACCACUCUUCUGGUAGAAUUGGACAUUUCAAAGACAGAGUUUUCCUAUCAGCCAGGAGAUGCCUUCAACGUGAUCUGCCCCAACAGUGAGUCUGAGGUGCGAAGCCUGCUCCAGAGACUGCAGCUCACAGACCAAAGGGAGCACUGUGUCCUCUUGGAAAUUAAAACAGACACCAAGAAGAAAGGAGCAGCCUUGCCGCAGCACAUACCUGAGGGAUGUUCUCUCCAGUCCAUUCUUACCUGGUGCCUUGAAAUUCGAGCUGUUCCUAAAAAGGCAUUCUUGCGAGCCCUUGUGGACUGCACCAGCGACGGCGCUGAAAGGCGAAGGCUGCAGGAGCUGUGCAGCAGACAGGGGGCGGCCGAUUACAACCGUUUCGUAAGAGAUGCCUGUGCCAGCGUGUUAGACCUUCUGCUUGCUUUCCCAUCCUGCCAGCCUCCGCUCAGCCUCCUGCUCGAACAUCUUCCUAAGCUUCAGCCCAGACCUUACUCGUGUGCAAGCUCCAUUCUAGCUCACCCAGGGAAGCUUCGCUUUGCUUUUAACAUUGUGGAGUUCUCGCCCAACACCACAUCACUGGUUCUGCGGAGAGGCGUGUGCACCGGCUGGCUGGCCACGUUGGUUGAGUCAUUUCUUCCAUUGAACACGUGUGCAUCCCAUGCAGACCGCAUGAAAGCCCAGGCUCCAGAGAUACUCAUCUCUCCUCGGACAACAAAUUCUUUUCACUUACCAAGUGACCCUGCAAUCCCCAUCGUCAUGGUGGGCCCGGGAACUGGCGUAGCACCCUUCUUGGGUUUCCUGCAGCACAGAGAGAAACUCCAGGAACAACAUCCAGAUGAACACUUCGGGGAAACGUGGUUGUUUUUUGGCUGCCGGCAUCAGGACAGGGAUUAUUUGUUCAGAGAAGAGCUCAGACAUUUCCAGAAGCUUGGAAUCCUAACUCACCUGAAGGUUUCCUUCUCAAGAGAUGCCCCUGUGGGUGAGGAGGCGGCCCCAGUGAAGUAUGUGCAAGACAACAUUCAGCUUCACAGCAAGCAGGUGGCAAGGCUCCUUCUUCGUGAGAAUGGCUGUAUUUAUGUGUGUGGAGAUGCUAAGAAUAUGGCCAAGGAUGUAAAUGAUACCCUUGUAGAAAUAAUAAGCAAAGAGGUCGGAGUUGAUAAACUGGAAGCAAUGAAAACUUUGGCUACUUUAAAAGAAGAAAAACGCUAUCUUCAGGAUAUUUGGACAUAAAAUCAGAAAAUGAGAAUUUUUUUCUUUUGUUUUUGGCUGAAAGUGCUAAAAGACAGGUUUGAAGCCUCAGACUUUCAACUUUUAAAAUUAAAAACAAAA